AUGGAUGCAGUAGGAAAAGACUUUGCUUUGCAAGAUGAGAGUAUGAAAAUUACAAAUACUUUAUAUUAUUGUACUAAUCAUCUCAAGGAUUGUUCUUAUUUUGCUAUAAAGCAUUCACCUGAACAAAUACAAAAUAUUAUAAAUUUGGCUAUUUCAACCUCAAAAAAAUGUGUAGCAACAUCUUAUAUAGAUGAAGAAGAAGAAAAAAAUGAUUCAACAUCAACUUAUUCUUCUAAAGAAGUGAUAUCCAGAGUUUAUAAUCUUUUUGAGGAAGUAAAAAAAUUAGGUAUAAGAACUAAUUGUCUUAUAACUGAUUCAGCUAGAUCUUAUACAGCAGCUUAUCAUUGUUUGAGACAUAAUGAUUUGAAACUUUUCGCUGAUAUUGAAGUUGUUAUUAAUCAUGAUUCAUUUUGA